UAAAACGCCACUGCGGUUAGCGAAGGAUGGCUGCCGCGCUUGAGGGAAACGGUGAGGAGAAGAGAGGAGAGGUGUUGGCGGAGGAAUGCAGAAAAGCGGGACUUCCGGUGGACACUUUUGAGCGUGACUUGCCGGAAGACGCGGCCGAACGUUCGCCAAUUCCUUUGAAACCCUCGCCGACAUUCCCGAGAACUACGUCCGCCGAGAUCGGCCAUCGAUCCUCCCGCGCGGAAUACAGUCUGGAAUUCGCGGGUCGUUUGUACGUCUCGCCAAAGUGGACGAUUGAACCCCCCACGGACACUCCGGAAUUGCGCGCGACGCAACAGAAAUUUCUCUUUCUGGGUUGA